AUGUUUCGUAUCAAUACUGAUACGUCAUCCACUUUCCAAUCAGUGGCUGAUCAAUUAUUGUCAAAAGUACCCAAUGGAGUUGACAUCAAUGAUGUAACUAUAUCUGAUAAACCCAAUGACAACGAUGAUACCGCAACCAAGCUCGGCUCAUUGGUAAACAAACUGGUGUCCGAAUUGAAUUUAAAAAAUGGGGAUUUACUAUACAUAAAUUAUGGAGGUGCAUUGCCAACGCCCUCAGCUUCAACACAAGGAGGAUCUGCACCAAUAAACUCGGUCAAGAGUAACUCAACCACAACAGUGCCUACGUCAUCAACAUCUACAAGCAUUCCAAUAAAUAAAUCAACAGCCCAUGGUCCGUUAAAUGUUAAACAGUUGCCUGUUGACGACGAACUAGACAAGUUGGAUGGCAUGAUUCAACGACCAAUUUCAUCAAUGUGUCGUCAUGGGUCAAAGGGAAUGUGUGAAUAUUGUUCUCCGUUAUCACCAUGGGAUGAGUCGUACAGAAAAGAGCAUAGUAUAAAGCAUAUUUCCUAUCACGCUUACUUGAAUCAGCAAAUGGCAAAAUUUAACAAAAAAGAAUUGGCAUCUUCAUAUAUAGCACCAUUGGACAAUCCCAACUAUGCAAUAGACUUGUCAUGCAGUGAAGGUCAUCAACCGUAUCCAAGAGGUAUAUGUUCCAAGUGUCAACCACCACCAAUCACAUUGCAAUUGCAAAAAUUUAGAAUGAUUGAUCAUUUGGAAUAUGCCAAUCACUCAAUAUUGAAUGAUUUUAUCAACGUGUGGCGGGUAUCAGGAGUGCAACGAUUUGGUUACUUGUAUGGGAGAUAUGAAAAGUUUGAAAAAGUGCCCAUGGGUAUCAAAGCAGUAGUUGAAGCUAUCGUUGAACCACCGCAACUGGAUGAACUAGAUGGGAUCACGUUGCUGGAUUGGCCCGAUGAACAGUUGGUUGAUGAAAUUGCUGCUAAAUUGGGCAUAUAUAAAGUGGGCAUUGUUUUCACAGAUUUGACUGACCUGGGCCAAAAAGAUGGUACCGUAUUGUGCAAGAGACAUAAGGAUAGUUAUUUUUUAACAAACUUGGAAAUUCUCAUGGCGGCAAAAUUUCAAAUUGCUAACCCAAACACCACAAAGUAUAGCAACAAUGGCCAAUUUUCAUCCAAGUUUGUCACUUGUGUCAUUUCUGGUGGAUUACAAGGUGAGAUUGAACCAAGGUCGUAUCAAGUUAGCACCAGCGGUGAAGCUUUGGUCAAGGCUGAUUUGAUUACCGGAUCUACUCAACCAUCACAAAUUUAUGUCAAUGAGAGUAAUGAUGUUCGAUAUGUGCCUGAUAUUUCGUACCUGAAAAUCAAUGAGUAUGGAUUGGAAGUCAAGACAAAUGCCAAGCCUACAUUCCCCGGUGAAUUCCUCUUGGUGUCAUUAACUGAUUCGUUCCCCAUUGAUCCACAUCCAAUGUUUUCGACAACGCCGGGUUACGUAAUCGAGAACCGAGAUUUUCUUGGUGAUGUUAAUCAUGAUUUCCAAAACUUGUCUACAUUAGAUAAGUAUUUGAAAGCACAUGGCUCGGAUAUAUUUGAUUUCCAUUUGUUGAUUUAUAUCGUCAAAUUACGGAUUUUAAGUCAAGAUGAAUGUGAAUUGUUGAUCAGGUACGUCAAGGAUAGAGAAGAACAAGAUUAUUUGCAAUUGAUUGGUAGUGGAGGCUGGAUGUCAUUGUUGACAAUUUUGGAACACAGCACUUAG